CCCCUUGCACUUCCGUGUGCAGCGGCGCCUGAGCAGGAGGCGGCGGCCGCUGGGAUCCCCAAAGCGACCCCUGGUAUCUGGCAGCAGCGCUGAGACCGGGGCCGUCCCCACCCGCCCCUGGACCCGUCCGGGUCAGGCCUGCACCGAUCCCCGUCCGCGCGCACUCCUGGGAGCAGCUCCGGGAACCAGACCCCUGCCGCCGCGACCCCUGGCGCCUGGCCUCGCGCCAGGAGGUCUGCUGGGAAUUGGCCCAAGUGAGGGCGGAGGGCCUACUUUUCCUGGUGGUUGGUGAGUGGCAGCAGCAACAGGAGCCCAGACCAAGGACAAGCGGGAGUUGGGAGCCCCAGGCCCCACCAUGGCACCGUUCCUGCGCAUCGCCUUCAACUCCUACGAGCUGGGCUCCCUGCAGGUUGAGGAUGAGGCUAAUCAGCCCUUCUGUGCCGUGAAGAUGAAGGAGGCUCUCAGCACAGAGCGAGGGAAGACGCUGGUGCAGAAGAAGCCGACCAUGUAUCCUGAGUGGAAGACCACGUUUGAUGCUCACAUCUACGAGGGCCGCGUCAUCCAGAUUGUGCUGAUGCGGGCAGCUGAGGACCCAGUGUCGGAGGUGACCGUGGGCGUGUCGGUGCUGGCCGAACGCUGCAAGAAGAACAACGGCAAGGCUGAGUUCUGGCUGGACCUACAGCCCCAGGCCAAAGUAUUGAUGUCUGUGCAGUAUUUCCUGGAGGACGGAGAUUGCAAGCAGUCUAUGCGUAGUGAGGACGAGGCCAAGUUUCCAACGAUGAACCGCCGUGGAGCCAUCAAGCAGGCCAAGAUCCACUACAUCAAAAAUCAUGAGUUCAUCGCCACCUUCUUUAGGCAGCCCACCUUCUGCUCUGUGUGCAGGGACUUUGUUUGGGGCCUCAACAAGCAAGGCUACAAAUGCAGGCAAUGCAAUGCUGCCAUCCACAAGAAAUGUAUUGACAAGAUCAUUGGCCGGUGCACCGGCACUGCCGCCAACAGCCGGGACACUAUAUUCCAGAAAGAACGCUUCAACAUUGACAUGCCGCACCGGUUCAAGGUCAACAACUAUAUGAGCCCCACCUUCUGUGACCACUGUGGCAGCCUGCUGUGGGGGCUGGUGAAGCAGGGAUUGAAAUGUGAAGACUGUGGCAUGAACGUGCACCAUAAAUGCCGGGAGAAGGUAGCCAACCUCUGUGGUAUCAACCAGAAGCUCUUAGCUGAAGCCUUGAACCAAGUCAGCCAGAGAUCCUCCAAGAAGCUGGAUUCUGAAUCUCCGGAGCCUGUUGGGAUAUACCAGGGUUUCGAGAAGAAGCCAGGAGUCUCUGGGGACGAUGCCCCAGGUGAAACUGAGCCCAAUCCCCCACUUAAAGUUCCCACCUUCCAACAGGGAAAAGAAACGGGUGUACCCUCCCUCCCAUUACCGAGGAAGGGGACUAUUCCAGACCAAGAUCUUACAGGCACCAUCUCUCAAGCAGACAACAGUGAGACGUAUGGCAAAAUCUGGGAGGGAAGCUCCAGGUGCCGCAUCGAGAACUUCACUUUCCACAAGAUCCUGGGCAAAGGCAGCUUUGGGAAGGUGCUACUCGCAGAGCUGAAGGGCAAAGGACAGUUCUUUGCCAUCAAGGCCCUCAAGAAGGACGUGGUUCUGAUUGAUGAUGACGUGGAGUGCACCAUGGUGGAGAAGCGAGUGCUGGCGCUCGCCGGGGAGAAUCCUUUCCUUACCCACCUCUUUUGCACCUUUCAGACCAAGGACCACCUGUUCUUUGUGAUGGAGUUCCUCAGCGGGGGAGAUCUGAUGUAUCACAUCCAGGAUAAAGGUCGCUUUGAACUCUACCGGGCCACGUUUUAUGCAGCUGAGAUAAUCUGUGGACUGCAGUUUCUACACCACAAAGGGAUCAUUUACAGGGACCUCAAGUUGGACAAUGUGAUGCUAGACCGGCAUGGCCAUAUCAAGAUUGCCGACUUUGGGAUGUGCAAAGAGAACAUAUUUGGGGAGAACCUAGCCAGCACCUUCUGUGGCACCCCAGACUACAUCGCCCCUGAGAUCUUGCAGGGCCUGAAGUACACAUUCUCUGUGGACUGGUGGUCCUUUGGGGUCCUCCUCUACGAAAUGCUGAUUGGUCAGUCCCCCUUCCAUGGUGAUGAUGAGGACGAACUCUUCGAGUCCAUACGUUUGGACACACCGCAUUAUCCCCGUUGGAUCACCAAAGAGUCCAAGGACAUCCUGGAGAAGUUAUUUGAAAGGGACCCACCCAAGAGGCUGGGAAUGACAGGAAACAUCAGACUCCACCCCUUCUUCAAGACCAUCAACUGGACUCUGCUGGAGAAGAGGAAGGUGGAGCCGCCCUUCAGGCCCAAAGUGAAGCACCCAGGAGACUACAGCAACUUCGACUUGGAGUUCCUGAAGGAGAAGCCACGCCUCUCCUUUAGUGACAAGAACCUCAUCGACUCCAUGGACCAGACAGCAUUCGCCGGCUUCUCCUUUGUAAACCCCAGAUUUGAGCACCUCUUGGAAAACUGAGGCUCCCAGACAGGCCCUCCACCCCCCUGGGCAGAGCAGGCUAGCCCACCCUCAUCUGCACCUGCCGCUGCCCCUGGUAAGCAGCAGUGUGAUUGUCGUGACUUCUGCUGCUGCCCUCUUUUCCCCAGAGGGGCUCGGCUCCUGCUGGCUGGGCUCUUAUGGUACUUCCUCUGUGAACUGUGUGUGAAUUUGCUUUUCCUCUGUCCUCAGAGGGAAAUUGUAAAUCCUGUGUUUCAUUACUUGAAUGUAGUUAUCUAUUGAAAAAAUAUAUAUUAUAUAUAUAUAUAUAUAUGCAUAUAUAUAAUAGGCUGUAUAUAUUGCUCAGUAGAGAGAAAGCAUGUGGGACUGGCAAUGUAUUGAUCUUUUUAAUAUAUAUAUAUAUGUAUGACCAAAAGGAAAAAAAACAAAAACAAAACACAAGCUGUUUGAACCACCAGGUUCUUUUAUUUGUGUGUCUAAAUAAACACUGAAUGGCA